AUGACAUUCAUCGACUGCUUUCUACGGCGGUUCGGAGGGGGUAUGAUCGUGCAGUAUCUGGACACGAAAUCAAUAGCCAUUGAUAUAGAACAGGGCGGUUUUGUGGUAAUUCGCAACCUGAGUUUACCAAUCGAGAUAAGCCAUCCCAUCGUGCCACUAAACUUGAAAAGCUGUAAGAUUGGCUGUGUAAAGGUGUGUGCAGAGUGGAGAUCAGCAUUACGUUACAAUCCAUCGGAGAAGCUCAGAGUUGAAGUUACUGAUUUGACCCUAGACAUUGGGUUGAUUGAUUUUGGGCAGUGGUCAGAUGACGAGUUAUUGGAGUUUUUAGAACAUAGUAAGAAAAAGUUGUUAAGGCAUUGGGAAAAUGCAUUUAAGACGUUUGGUAACUUUAGCUUAUUCGAGAAAAUUGGUUUCAAUGUCGCAAACAGUUUGGCGAUAACCUGCACAAAUAUAACGAUUAAUUUUAAUGUGGACCUUGAGGGAUUCAGUGGGUACAUUGUCAGGAUUUCCAUACCUGAGCUUUUGUUAGGAGGGUGCGACAAGUUAGCCGGUAGUGAAUUGUACGGCGUGAGGAAUUCCCUCUUGAUAGCCCUCUCAAUUAAUCUCAGCAGUGUUUCAAUAUCAUUUGCCCAAGCCAAUAGGGCCGGGGCUGAUGAAAUUUGGAUUGAAAUGACGACAACCCCCUUCGACUGUGAGAUAGGCGUGAGAAAGUGGUCUCCCAGGGCUCUGGGUAUGAAACCCCUAUUUAAACGGCACAACUUUUUCAGCAACCCUGCCGUUGGAGUAACAAUGAGUUUUAGCGACUUGAAUUUCUACCUAAACAGUCAGGUUUUGGAUCUGAUUUUCAGUAUAUCAGGGUAUUUUUACACGUGGAGCAAGUGGCAAUAUGUUUUAAAGGAUAUGUUGGCUGCAAGACCCAGCCACACAGCCGCAGCCAGGUACGUGAAGGGACAGAUGGGUGAGGCGGAGAAAUUGAAGUUUGAGAGAGAAUGCCCCAUAGAAAUGCUCUUUAGGCUAAUAAAUAGCAACAAUAAGUGGUUUAAAUAUGCACUACAUUUUUGUCUAAAGUCGGGCCCAUUUACUAUAAGCAGUGACACAGCCCGGGCGGAGGCGACUUUAGAAUUGACCUACAAAAUAUACGAGAAGAAUUCAUCAAAAUUAUUUCUCACGAUUGAUAAAAUUUUUAUAGUUGCCAUAUCAAAAAGUGUACAAAGUGAUGGCGUCGUUGUUGACGAAUUUCCAAUUGUUUACAGCUCUAGCAUAUUUCAAGGUGGGCUUGUACCUAUAGAUGGCGAUAUGUUUGAGCUCACAAUUAAGCAAUACACGGAUCAUGUAACUGCAAUUGAUAUUAAAGUCCCAAGACUAACCUUGGCACUUGGUAAUGCCUUGGCCGUGAUAACAUUCUUCCCUAGCACAAUCGGAGCGUUCGAUAGGAUCAGGAAGGUUAUAGACGAGCUUUCCGAUAGGAAGCAGAUACCAAUGUACAAAAACCGCAGCCUAAUCAAGGUGCAGAUGUUAGGCGUGGAUCUUGUGGCAGUUUUUGCACCCCUGGAGGCAGAAUCCCCCACCAGCGUUGACAAAUUUGCCCAGCUGCGCGAAUACAAAUAUCCAUACUACCUCAACACCGCCGACGUUCUUUCCACGGAUUCUAGCGACAAUGAAACCUCCCUUCAGCUAGUUGACCGGGAUCAGUUCUUGGCUUCCCACCAAAUUUCCUUGCACUCCCCGAAGGAUCCGUUUGAUGGGGAAUCCGAACCAAUAGGCAGAAAGUUUAUAACAUGCGUAAACUACGCAGCCAGGCUAAAUACUAUCCACACGCACGUGUAUACAGACCAAAUAAUCACAUUCAAAAGUAACUCUACCGCUUCCAGAUGCUUGGCUGCUUCUCUCGAGGAUUUUGUUAUAUUUUCCGACAAAAAAAUCAACCAUUUGUCAUUUGCCCUCGAAUCACUAUCACUGAGCCUGGGAGGCGAGAUAGUUGCCGAAAUGGAAAAGUUCAGAAUGGCAAUCUACCAAAUUGAGUCAUCGGCUACCGUGAAAUCCAUCAUCCUCACGAUCCCAACGCACCUGGUAAAGGACGUGUUUUUGAAUUUAUCAAAGAGGGAUUACCUGAAGGAGCAGGUGGUGGAUAAGGGACUGGAAUUUUACCAUAGAAUCGAUAGAAUUGUCAAAUUCUUCGAGCUGCAGCAGGAGUGGUCUUUAGCAGUCUCUAAAGAGCACUCUGACCUCAAAGCAGUCUCCCAAGCCCUAACGCUAUGCGACUCCGGCAUUGAAUAUCCAGAGUCCAAGCCCGCAAACCCAAAGGUUAAAAUGUCCACAAAAUUGAAGGUCCACUCGCUCAGCCUCUGUGCAGGGGCACCUAAUGACGUGGAAAUUUCUGCCAGGAAGCUAUCGUUAGAUUUAGCGGUACAGAUAAAUGGACAGGCAUCUGCAUGCAUCAAGGCAAAGUACGCCAAAUUGUCAACAGGCGCUGGGCCAGUCCUCCUCUGUGCAAAUGAUACAAAUUUCCUGCAAUUUGACCUCAGUCUCCAGAGACUCGAAUCCCUGGCCUUCCAAUACGACGUGCAGUCUGCCCUCUCAAUUUCAAGUCCUGUGCUAGACCCGGCGCACAUAGGUGCCCUAACAGAUUCCAUCGCGGCGAUUUGUGGAGCUGUCCCGCAGUUGAAGGGAGGGAACAGCCCCUGGGCCCAGGGCUCUUUCAGAGGCAAUGUAGCCCAGGCGCUCUGCCUGGCCCGUAUCAGGCUCACAGCGACUGUGGACGAUUUGGUGCUAAUUCUACAGCCUGGCCCGGGGGAUGAGGUCUUCCUCUACUCCCGCGCCAGGCUGAAAGCCCUCUACGACUUGGCCACGGGCCCAGACUCUGUGCCCCCGCCCUUCAUAGAUUCAGAUGGCAUGGCGAGGCACCUACUGGUAACCGUAGAGGAGACGCGUAUCAGUUUGAAAAGGGGCGCUAUGCUGCUCUACAUAGCCGAGAUCAAGGAAGUCUCUAUGCAGGCGACGCUCUUAGCAUCGUCAUAUGGAGGAAAGGAAAGCGUUGAAUUCCGCCCUAGAAUGGAGGCCCCUAUCCCCACUCUCUCUGCGGUGGAACAUCAAGAAUCAAAGUCUCCCAAAACCCCAUAUCCCGUGGGGUUUCAAGGAAGCAGGUACCGCGAUAUAGUCAGAAAAAUUAAAAUCGCCAUGCGACUUGGGGGACACAAACAACCGAGUGAUGCAAACCCAGUAGAAACAGACGCUAAACCUGCGCAACUCGUUCAAGCACAAAUGAUAGGGAACAUAGGAAGCAGUGGGCAUAUCCUAUACGCGGCUGAACUAAUAGCGACUAGGGCAAAAGUAUGGGCAAUCCCAGACCGUAGCACAUCCAGGGGCGUCCGUGGAACGGAAGAGGGGCUUAACCUGUUGAUCGAAAACGUAAGCGGCGACCUGCUGCGCCUUCAGGCGUGUGGAUUGCUAGGUCUAGACCCUGCCAAAUGCGUAAUGACACUCUCGGUCGUGCUGGGACAACUCUGCAUCUACCUUGACUCCAGGCCCCUAAUCAUACCCUGCGGGAACAUAAGCUCCAGGGCUGGAAGUGGAAGGUUCAGCUCUGCAGCCCCCGGGUUAGGGAGUUCCGUCCCAGUUACGGUCUGGGCCAAGGCCACAGUGGAGGGCAUAAGGCUGCACCUACCGCCGCCGCGCGUCUCCAGCCUAGAAAGCGACAAAAAGUUCUCCAUAUACCAGCUAGAGAUGAAGACAAGCCUGUACGGGCUGGCCAGUGGCGCCUGCAACGAGACAGACGUGGCCGAUUUGUGGAAGCAACGCCAUCUCGUUACGUGCGGCGAGUGGAGAAACUUGCGCAUCGCCCACAAUACCUACACAGAGAUGCAUCGUCUUUUUUGCACUAUGGCCGCGCCUAGCCAUAGGCUGGUCGCCCUGCUCUCAGCCGAGAGCUUCACUGCGGAACUACAACCCCCCCCCCGGCUCGCAGACAGGCUGCCGCACCUGAGGCUGCUCUCUGAUUGUCUGAACGGAACGGCAGUUGUGGACAGGCUAACCCGUAGCGUGGAGGCUGAAUGUAAAAUUCAAGAGUUCCAGCUCUACUGCGUGCUAGACGGCGCCUCUCAGACGAUAAUCAACGACUCAUCUGCCCUAUCCGACAUAAGUAUCGCAUUCUACGGCUCCGGGGCCAAAAGGAGUCUAUCUCUCUCCCUGGUGGACAUUCAGGUCGUGAUAGAGCUAGAGCUGAUAGAGAAGCUACUUGCCCUCGGCCCUUCCGCGCCUCGAGCGAAUACAAACAAUACUGCUACUACAACUACUACAGCUACUGCCGCCCCAAACCCAAACCGCCGCGGGGAUGCUGAUUUUUGGACUUCUCCUACUCCUACAGAGAGGUUGGGAGGGCUAGAAGUGUCCAUAAACGCCUCCAGAGUAGCGCUGUGGCUCGUCAGAAAGCAGCGGACAAUGAGCGAUAAGGCACUCCAUAUACACCCGGCAGUUAUAGAACAGGCUGAAAAACUGCUGGAUUAUGAGUGCCAGUGCGCCGACCCAGUUAACGACCUCUCCGGACUGGGAGCAAGCCUUUCGGCGACCGUCAACCUCUCGGAAGACGGCCUCGUGCUGGACUGCAGUGGCCUUUCGCUCUACUGGGGGGCGCCUAACAGCGCCCUCUACAACGUGGAAAUUUUAUCCUUCUCUGACCUCACCGCCGGGCUUACCAGAAAUGGGUCUUCCAGGGACGUAGACGUCCUCGUAGAUAGCAUCACCGUUAGGUUACCCCUCCUCAUUGCCGGGCCGGCCCUUGACUUUCUCAAGGCACUGAAAAAAAUGGCCCGGAGACUUGUGCCGGCGAAGGGGUCUUCGCCGGCGGCGCCGGGACUGCCUGCUCCGAUCCGCAUGAACGCCAUGGCAAAGGAGAUGCGUGGCUCUGUCUAUAGUGGAAUUUCCUCUCUAGAUUCCACACUGCUCGCCAGGCUCUCCCUGCAUGGCGCCCAGGUAGCGCUGGCGCUCGACGCCGCACCGCGCCCGAGCCGAGUUGCCGUGGACGCCGUCCUAGCCCUGGACGGGUGGAACGACCUGCGAGUGCCCUUUGCCAUCCUGCACAGGGCGCCCCUGUCCCUGGCCCUAACACUUUACUGCGGGGGCUCCACCCCCGCCGCCCAAACUUGGAGCGCCUCGGCAGAGCUCGGCGCCGUCUCGCUGGUCCUAAGCUAUGACCUCUGCCGGCUGCUGAGGCACCUCAGCUGCGUCGUUCCGCAGAGAGUGGGAUCUAGCGAGUGCCUGGUAUACAACGAGUUGGAGCAGCUCGUUGGGCUCGACCUAAUAGGCGCUAGGGAGCCCGUGCUCGUGCCCCGUUUCUGCUUCCGCAGGGUUAACCUACCGCUCUCGCACGUGUUCAACGCCAACGUGCUCUUCAUCAACGAGGCCGGCUGCGACAGGAAAAUAUUCGACCGGAAGCGUGCCAAACUGCUACUCUACGGCAACACCAACGACGUAUCCAGUGCGCUGGCCGGCCACAGGUUCUCAGGCGAUAAAAUAUGGGGCCCGGGUACGAGCUUGCCAGUAGUGGCACCCAUCAUCCACCCGGGCUCCGUGCCUUGCCUGGUCGUUGGCUCCAUCCUGCGGGUUGAAAACCGCACCAGGAUGACUCUCUCAGUCCUUUGCGUAAACGACGCCGUAACUAAAACUUUCAACACACUAAACGCUAUGUCUGGAGCUAAUGCCGACGCGGGCAAUGGGAACGAAAAGAGCCGCGUUGAACAGCUGGUACUGCAAGAAAAUUGCUCCUCCUCUGUGCCCAUUUCCUGGCUCCAGGCAGGAACCAGGGCUGAAAUCUCCAAUGAAUCUGGAGAUGUAGUCAGGCUCCCCGACCUCAAUUCCCUGGCAUUCGGCAGCUACAGGGCCGACAAAUGGCCCGUGGUAUUCAGCAAGACCUGUGGGGUCUCCGCCCGCCUGGACUUUACCCCCUCAUGGGGCACCCGUCCCCGCUGCCUCGUCCUGGAGCCUAUGGUGCGCUGCCACAACCACCUGCCCUGGCCCAUAAAAAUAUGCGUACUGGGCAACGACGUCAGGACGGGUAAGGUCCUCAGCAUACGUCCGCUGCAGUUUGCGGGGCUCUGCUGGGGGGAGUCCAAGCCUCUGCUGACCGUGCAGGCCGUCCUCCCGGGGGGCCUCCUCUUUGAGGGGAGGGCCCCCGUGGCGCUCAAAGAGGGCUCCAAGGUCACCCGCUGCCUGACCUGCUCCGAUUCUGAGGAAAAAAUCCCCAUUGUCAUCGCUGCUUCCAGGCACGUUCUUUCCGUCUUUAUACCCGUACUGCUUAGAAACCUGAUGAAUGCCCCGGUAUUUGUCAACCACAGGGCCCUGGAGCCGGAGGAAGUGGUCCACCUGUCCGUGGGCGAUGCCACUGCCCUGCGCAUCUCAACUCACAAUCCAACCCACAGCUCAUCUCACGGUUCAAUUCACAAUUGCGGCUUGGACCGCGCCCAGGAGCUGCCUAGUUCAUUAAAGGUCAACCUGCUCAACCCUGUACGUGGAGGUGUGUUGGUGGACGCUCAGUCUGUCACUAGCCGCUCCAUUGGCUGGUCUUUAUGGGCCCUGCAGUCGCAGCUGCCGCUCAAUUCAACCCUGUUAGCCACCAUUCACAGUUUGUUUUGCAUCACCAACAGCCUGCCUAACGACGUCUUCGUGCGUUGUGAGGGCGAAUCUGUACCCAUCCUGCUACGCAGCGGAUCAACCGUGGAAACCAGCCACUGUUCCACGCGCAGGAUUACCGUUUUAGACGUGGAGGGGAGCCAAGAGUUCAACUUUGAGUACGCUGAGCGGGAGGAGUGCAUACAGCGCCUGUUGGGGCCUCACUUGAUCGACGUCACCGUGGGGCCCCUGAGGACGCGGCGGUCCCUGUCCAUGGGUAGUUGCGCCUUCGUACUGCAAAAGACGUGCGCCUAUGAAAUCACGCUUGAGCUGGCGGCUGAGCCUCGCUUUAUCCUCUUUAACAACACGUGCGAGGCGCUCACCACGAGCAACUGCCUUUCGUGCGGGGGCGAGUACGUCCUGGGCCCUGGCGAGCGCUGCAUCCUGGACGUCCCUGCCUGCCCCUCCUUCUCCCUUAGGUUGUCCAUCGCCUCCCGUCCCGUCGUCAUACCCUGCGGGGUUUCCUCCCCCGCCCCGGGGGGCGGGGAGGACGGGUCUGGCUGCGAGUACGCAUUUCAGGUGACUAGGCGGGGCUCUCGCAGGCUCUACGUGGGCGCUGCCCCCAGGUUCGACGGGGGCGGUUCAGAUCUGGGGAGUUCAGGUCUCGCGAGGGGUUCUAGUCUCGGCGAGCGGUGUCGAGCCUUGGGGGUGGUUCGAGUCUCAGCGGCCCGACUGACCCUUACGCUCGUAGAUGAGGCUGCGCUGGCGGCGUUGCACCUGAUCGGCAUGAGCGCCAGCCUGGACCCGGGUCCUUCCGCCAGCUUGCGGGCCACGGUCAGCUCGCUCCACGUAGACCACUUCAUCCCGGGCGGCGGUAUCCCCGCCAUAGUACAGACAUCCAACGUGGAUUCAGCAGACCCGAUGCCAUUUUUGGACCUGAUUCUGCGCUGCGCCUCCUCUGGCGACUGGGAGGGUGAAAAGCUUGCGAUGGAGGGUGAAAAGCUCGCGAAUUUUGUCGAGCUUCUGUCUGUAAAAGUGGCUCCAGUCUGCAUCAACAUCGAAUUUACCGUCAUUAAACGCCUCCUUUCUGCCCUCAGGCGCAUGCUGCCCCUGUUGGGCUCAGUGGCGUCCCGCCUCCAGCCUCGCCCUCCCUCCCAUUCCGGCGCGCAGGGGUGGGCUAGCAGCUACCUGCACUUUGGGCUCGUUGAAGUGUCGCCCCUGUCAACGGCGAUUUCAAUUCGAACUGGCGGACAGGAGCCCUUUCAGGAACUAUUUGCGCUAAAAUUACUCGAGUGGUUGCCCUUAGACACCCCGAAAAUCAACUUUAACCUAAACGGAGAAAAGGUUGAAAAAUUUUGCGGCACGCCUAAGCAACUAGCCAAGCGUUUGGGCUCGGGUUAUAUCAAGCAGCUUUUGCGCCAGUCCAUCCCCAGCGUCUGGCUGUCCUACCCCCUGGCCUUUUUGCUAGGCGUGCUACGCGCCCUUGGGGCGCUUUUUGCCACCCCUGCAAGGCUAAUAAACGCACCAAUCAGCAAGGAUUCCUCCAGGCCGGAGGCUGCGCUGAUCGGGGCGCGGUUGGGGAUUAUGCUCUCCAUGCCGUACGUGGUUGGCGGCGCCUUCCAGACCCUGGGCCACACCCUUAACAUGCUACACAAGAUCUGUGGCGGGCAAAAGGUCACUCCUGUUGGCAUUAUCGACUCGCUCUGGCUAUCAGUCAAUGGCAUGCUUGCCGACAUAUUCUACUAUCCGUGGGUCGGUCUACGCAGCGAAAAACUGGCCUUUAGUAACGGCGUGGGCAUAUCACUUUUGGGCUAUGCCCUUUGCUGCGUGCGUUGCGCCGCAUGCCCUAUUCUCGGGCUAAUAAACCUACUAACCACUAUUUGCGAGGGCUUUUCCAACACUCUCAUAGGGGACUUUGAGCACUUUGCCCACCUAUCGGACACGCCAGACUCGUAG